ACAACAGCAACCUCAUUGGAUUUUAAACGGAAAGCUUGGCUUUCACGUGUACGUGUUGGAGGAUUUUUUUUUUGUAGUUUCUUCUCCAUGUAUGCAGUCUAAAAAGUGACACGAUGUUAAAUGUAACUGCGAAUGGUGUAGCUGGAAUAAUAUUUUCAUAUCUAAAUAUAAAUCAAUGAGUGUCCUUAGUGAGAAUACAGAAAUCUACCAUGACGCUUGCCAGCUGCUGGAGGAUUGUCCUCUUUAAAAAUGUCACAAGGCCAAGAACGUACCUCAGGUGUCCUGUCGUCUUUGGUCAGCUUUGCAGUGUUAGAUUUCUGUGCAGCAGUCCUGUCCCUUUUGGCUCUGAGGACACGAUCUUCGCGUUGUCUUCUGGAAGAGGUCGGUGUGGAGUAGCCGUGGUGCGUGUGAGCGGACCAGAUGCAUCCGGAGCUCUGCGCGCUCUGACCGGCUUGAAGCGCACGCUGACCCCCCGCACUGCGCACCUCCGCAACAUUACACACCCCAAAUCUAACGAGCUGCUGGACCGCGGCCUUAUCCUGUGGUUCCCAGGCCCUCACAGUUUCACUGGAGAGGACAGUGCUGAAUUUCACGUACAUGGAGGACCUGCUGUCAUUAGUGGUGUUUUACAAGCCCUGGGUAGUCUGCCUGGACUACGACCUGCCGAGGCAGGUGAGUUUACUCGGCGUGCGUUCCAUGCUGGAAAGUUGGAUUUGACAGAAGUAGAGGGGCUUGGAGAUUUGAUCCACGCAGAGACAGAAGCUCAGAGGAGACAAGCUCUUCGGCAGAUGUCAGGGCACCUCGGUCGCCUUUACAAUGAAUGGAGUCAGCAACUCAAGCAUAGUUUGGCGCACAUGGAAGCUUUCAUUGACUUCAGUGAGGGUGAGCUCAUAGAGGAUGGAGUCUUAAAUCAAGUGGACACGGCGGUCUCCCAGCUGCAAGCGGAAAUAAAGAAGCAUCUUUGUGAUGAACGGAGGGGUGAGCGACUGCGCAGUGGUGUACAUGUGGUCAUAGCAGGAUCCACCAAUGCUGGCAAGAGCAGCCUUUUCAAUCUACUGUGCCAGCGUCCUGCAGCUAUUGUGUCUCCUAUACCAGGGACCACCAGAGACGUUGUGGAGACGCCUCUGGACAUCGGAGGAUUUCCGGUCCUGUUGAGUGACACUGCAGGUUUGAGAGAGACUGAUGACAACGUGGAGCGAGAGGGUGUCCAGCGUGCCCUUAAAAGGGUGGAAAUGGCAGAUCUGACACUGGUGGUUGUCGACUCAACCCAGCUUCCUCAGGAGCCUCAGAUGGUGCCAGGUUUCCUGAAUGACUACCUCAACAAUGUGCUGCCAAAAAAUCCGGAGAAGGAUCACAUGCCUCAGUGUCUCCUGAUUCUCAACAAAAGUGACCUACUGCCUAAAGAGAACAUUAGCAUCAUCCAGAGGGCCCUCAGUGACCUAUUCAUUGAGGCUUCAGUCAGUAUUCUGUCAUGCAGUACCAGAGAAGGACUGGCUGAUUUCUUAAAACUCCUGCAGGAGAACGUUAAGACAAUGUGUGCAGAUCCGCUGGUCGGCAGCCCAAGUCUAACUCAAACUCGCCAUCGGACUAACCUGCAAAAGAGCAUUGAGGCCUUGAGUCAGUAUUAUAAGUACAGAGACGUGGACCUGGCGCUGGCAGCAGAGGGACUGCGCUUGGGUCUUAGCUGCUUGGGUAGAAUCACUGGCAAGGUCGACACUGAAGAGAUCCUGGAUGUGAUUUUUAGAGAUUUUUGCAUUGGGAAAUAAACUUCAGUCCUUAUGUUUAAUGAAUGUUAACUUGAGGAUUUAAACCUCUUUAAACACAGCAAAUACUGUUAUGUGAUUCAACAUCUUUAAAGCAGGUGUUGUAAAUUCUUUAAAGAAGAUGAUUCUAGCCUUUUUGUAAGAUUUCACCGGUAAAAGCAAGCAAAUGAAAUCAUUUUAAAAUAAUUAGUGUUGGUUUGAUGAGAUCAAACAUAACUUUUGUAUUUUGUAUUAACUAGAGAAGGUAAACUUAUUAUACGCUGCUUGAGCGGUCAGUAUUGUCAAGACAUGCUGUUGCUAAGCAACUGAGAAAUGCUGAUGCUAAACUAAUGAUUUAGCACAUGUUUCAUACAAUGUCAAUAUGAAAUGUCACUGUACAUUAGAUAAAAACAUAUCAGCACACCUCAAAUGAGCUGGAAAAAUGACUAAAAAAAGACUGUAUAUGACUUUACUGUAAUUGCUCUUGACAUUAAGUCCAACUUUGAUGGGUAUUUGACAUAUGUUGAUCAGCCAUAAUAUUAAAAACACGGACAGGUGAACUGAAUAAAAUUAUUUUGUUACAGUGGCACACUUCUUGAAGUUAAAGUGUUGGAAGCAAGAAAAAUAGGCAUGUCUAAGGAUCUGAGUGACUUGAGAGUCAGAGCAUCUCCAUAAUGGCAGUCUUGUGUGGUGAUGUUGGUAUACAGCGAAGGCAACCCGGCAGAGGUAGUGUGAUGCUCUGGAUCCUGCUGUGCCUUGAGUCCUGGCAUUCAUGUGGCUGUUGACCUUGACACGUACCACCUACCUAAACCUUUUUGCAGACCAAGCACACUCCAUGGCAACGGUAUUCCCUAAUAGCAUGAUAAUGUUCUCUGCCACACUGCAAAAAAAUUGUUCAGGAAUAGUUUAAGAAACAUGAGACAGAGUUUAAGGUGUUUACUUGGUAUCAUAAUUUCCAAAUGAUCAUGCAUCUGUGGGAUGUACCAGACAAAAAAUUUGAUCUGUGGAGGACGAUUUACCUUACAAUUUACAAGGAUCUACUGUUAACCUCUUGGUAUCAGAAACCACAGCACACCCUCAUAGACAUUGUAGAGUCCAAGCCUCAAUAUA